AUGGCGCCCGAUCUGAACACCCUGCCCGCGUCUCCCCAUGCAUCUCCCUCUCCCCGCAACCAGUCACCCACAAACUCACGCACCAUGGCUACUUCACCGCACUCACUCGCUGCCACUGCCGCUAUGAAUGCAGGUAUUCACAACGAAGAGACGCGUCGACCUUCUUCGGGUAGUAUGCGCAGGGAUGUCGAGCGUGCGCGUCGCCGGUCCAGCAUUCGCAUGAACCUCAACUUGAACGACCCAGCUAUCCCGGCACCUGGAGAAAUGCAGCAGAGCCCAUCCUCCCGUAGCAGGGGUCCAUGGCCGCAUAGCCCGCACCAUGAGCGUGCGCCUAGUUUGGGCGAGCUGCAUCAAGAGCUGGAGUAUGAGCAGGAAGGACAGGUGAACCGUCUACUCAACAUGAUCCGUUCCCAACAAGCUCAGAUCAACACCCUCCAAGCAAACCAGCAGCAGCCCUCUGCUUCCGCCGUCGACGAUAGCACUCCAACCUCGGAGCGCUCCAUGUCUAUACCUCCCUCGCUCACACAGUCCACACACAUCUCACCACCUAUCGUCUCACCCUUACCAUCCGCUACCCAUCCUCGAUCGCGCUCUCCAUUCGGUUUCGGUACCAUCAGUCGUCAGUCAUCCUUCGCUGAUCGUUCACGACACAGCAGCCAUGCCGGAUCUCCAGCUCUGCGUCCCAUAUCAGGCCAAGCAGGACCCUACGACCCCCACGAUAUGCUUCCCAGCCCCGCGACUUCAAGAGACGAGAGUGCCUUCUACCAGGCCGAAACCCAGAACCUGACCCGCGAGAACCAGAUGCUGAAGCUAAGGAUAAGAGAACUUGAGCGCCAACUAGCAGACCAAAACCCCACCAGCCAAGUCACCCACUCCCCCACCGUCCACUCCGGCCUCGCUCCUGCCUCGACUCAUGAAAACACAGACCAAAGCAUCGAGGGCGGCCAGCCGCCUGCAUCGGCGGAGUAG